AUGUCCACCUCCGGCAACUCCCCGGAGGACAUAGACGAGGUGCGCCAGCGCCUCAUGGCGUCGUCGAACUACAACGAGAUGGUCGGUCGAAUCGAGGGCAACAGCCCCUUCUUGGAGGCGGGAGACAAGGGCAGCGCGAAGGAGGGGGAAGAGUCACCGAUCUUGCCGGUCUUGCGGCAGACCGUCCGGGUCGUGGUGGACGUGGCCAUCACGCUUGUGCCCGUGGUGUUGGUCGUCACCUACGCCAAGCUUCCCCCGCCGUUGCUGGAGGCGUUGGGAUCGGCGGCGACGACGAUAAAGGGCUCGCCACUAGAACCGGUGCUCGAGGCGCUGCCCUGGGAACCGGCGGUGGUGCUUAAAUGGGCGGCGCAGGGUGGGGUGGCGGUGCUGCUUUCCCCGGUUACAGACAGGCUCGUGGUGUCCCCUGCGAUACACCAGUGGGUGCAGGCAAAACUUCGUUCUCUUUCUUCUUAGGCGUGCUUCUUUUCGUGGCGACCCGCUUUUUGUGUCUUUUCUGGGAACAGCAGUCCUGAUCACCAUUCGGCAAGCUUGGUGCACAACAAACAGAGCGUAGAUUAGAACGCUCGCACUUUUCCUCCGCUAAAAUCCAUGCGUGCAUAUAUCCUGUAUUUAGUUUGGGGGGGGGGGGGGUGCGGCUCGUGUUUCCCUGUUCCUCGCUUCCUUUGAUAUUCAAUUGGGCGGCCGUGUUGUUGGGGCAAAAGCUACUUUG